AUGAAGCGCGUCCCUCUCGACCGCUGGGUCGUGCAACUACAACCCCCCCGCAACCCGCGAUUAGGCCUGGUGCAACAGCGAUGUCCCUAUUCGCACGAGACCAGAGCUGCGCCGCGAAGAGAGCUGCAAGAGCGCCGAUACCGAGUGGAGCAUCAAUGGCAAUGUCAGCGGAGGAGCGCGGCGACCAGCAAACGCAAGGCUUCGAGUGCCGCUGCGGCACAGGUACAAGAGAGAGAUGAUGGCAUAUUUUCCAACUACCGGCAGGAGGAGACAGACGAGACACGACCACUCAACUCCCCUUCACCCAAACAAGCUCUCCGCUCCGCCAAACUCUCUGCACUCCAUGCUCGACUCUCCCUCCCUUCUAAACUACCCAUUCAGACGCUGGCACGAUGUUUAGUCGAUGGCUCGGUCGACCCACGGCCGGGCUACAAUAACGAGCCUCUCGCUCUCAUCGGACAAGAUCUAUUGGGGUACUACACCGCCGAAUGGCUCCUCUGCCGCUACCCACGCCUACCCAUGCCCAUCCUUUUCGCCGCCCAGUAUGCCUACGUCGGUAGCCAGACCUUGGCCGCCAUGCGAGCGGAGUGGGGCGUGGAGGUCGUCGCAGCACCCGGCCCCGAGGUGGAUCCCGGACUGCUUCAAUUGAAGCGGCUACCAGCCGGCAAUGCGAUGGCGGAGAAUGAUCAGAUGCGCAGUCCUUUGGUUCUCAACUCAACCUCCCUAUCACACUCUUCGCGGCCUACGGAGGAUGGGUCAUCGGUGGAGGCUGCAUCUGCAUCUUUCAUUCGAGCUUUGGCUGGAGCUCUCUACCUUCACGCCGGACAGGAGUCUGUAAAGGCUUUCCACCAGAACCACGUCCUCUCGCGCCACUUGCCCUUACACACCCUCUUCCACUUUACCCAUCCAACGCGCGACGUAUCACGGCUGUGUGCGCGGGAAGGCUUUGAACCGCCCGUUGCUCGGCUGAUCUCCGAGACCGGAAGAUUGAGCAGGUCGCCAGUGUUCGUUGUCGGCGUGUACAGCGGAGAUGACAAACUCGGAGAGGGAGCGGGGAGCAGUCUGAAUGAGGGGCGGGUGCGAGCUGCAGCUUCAGCACUGCGAUCCUGGUAUCUCUACUCCCCGGUGGAAGACGAUGUGGUGCUGCCGAGUGAGGCUGCAACGAAGAAGAAGCAGUGGAAACCGCAGAUGAUUGAUAUUGGCGAGGUGGUGACUUGA